UUGUUCUCCUAAGCAUUUGAAACCAAACAUUCAUAGUGGGAGAAACAGACAUUUAAUUUUUGUAAAAAAUAUCUCAGGAUUUGAAAAUAACAUUCUUUACUAUGUUUGCACUGGUCGCUAUCGUUAUCUGUGUAUUGUCGUCUGCAGUAUUUUCUCACCAAUCAUGUUACAGUAAAUUUGAUUACGAAUGUUACGUUCUGGGAAAACUGGUGGAGCAUAUGGAUGCUAUAUCUUCCAUUAAGGAAGAUCUUGAAGGAAUUGUAUCUGGUGACACGAAAUGUCCAGAUGCGUGGACAGCUUUCCAAGGAUCUUGCUAUCUCUUCGGAAAUCAGAAAAUGACAUUUAAUGAUGCAGAGACAUUUUGCGAACAAUCUGGCGCGCAUCUGGUACAUAUAGAUGACACACAGGAAAAUAAUUUCAUUCUUGAAAUGGUCGGCCGAUUCCACACCCAGAACUGGUGGAUAGGUCUAACAGACGGGGUGAUAGAAGGAAACUGGAAAUUUGCGGGCACAGAUAUUUCUCCGGCCUAUACAAACUGGUAUCCAGGACAACCGGAAUCAAACGGGGGCAGGACAAACGAAGACUGCGCAACCUUGUACCAUAAAGUGUCGUUUAAAUGGGUGGACAUUAGCUGUACUACCAGUUGGCAACCAAUAUGUGAAAAAUGGUUUGUUCACAUAUUAAAUGAUUGAAUGGUUGAAUAAA